GGAGAAAGCUGUUCACCUGACGAAGAUGGUCGGUGGUUGCUGGAGCAAAGUGAUACCGCUGCCCUUUAAGCCUGAUAUAAACAUGUAACGCAGACUUUGUUUUCUCUUUAACCCCACCAUUAAUAUGAAACAACGGUGAUACAUCUUCAUGCGUCAUUGAAGAAGUCCUGCACCUAAGGCAAAACCAUGCUGAAGUGGUUUUCUGGAGAGGAGGGCGGAGGUGCCCAGGGUGCCCCAGGCUCUCCUCAGGGCAGCGCUGGUGGAGGAAGUCCAGCACUGUCAGAGGUGACGGAGCAGCUGGCCCAGACCCAGCAGCUGGUUGCCCAGCUCAAGGAGCUCAUCCGGGAGAAGGAUGCAGUGCUGGGCACCAAAGACGAGCAGCUCAAGGCAGAGAAAGAGUCUGGUGAGGCCAAGUUGUCUAAAAUGAGGCUGCAGCACAAGGCGAAGGUCACCUCCCUCAACUCCCAGCUGGAGGACCUCAAGAAGCAGCGGGGCGACACCCCUGGCAAGGCCACCCCACCUCAGAUGAAACGGAGUGGCAGUGGGGAGACCGGAGAGGCUGAGUCAUCAGGGGCGAGUCGAGGAAAGAUCCUUCUGCUGAAGAAGAAAGUGGAGGAGCUGGAGCAGCAGCUGUCUAAAAGACAUGAGGAGCUGGGGGUUAAGACUCGAGAGCUGGAGGCCCAGCGUGAGCGUGGCUCUGAAAUGGAUGCCAUGCUGGUGGAGAAAGAGCGGCGACUAGCUGAGAAAGAGGCCUACAUAGUCCACCUGCAGGUGGCAGUGUCUGGGGAGCACCCUCAGGCUGCAGCAGCCCCAGUCACUCAGGACAGCAAGGUUCAGUCAUCAGAAGACAGUGGCUCUGCUCAGGAGCUCCAGCUGCUGGUACAGAGUCUUACUAAGAAAGUGGGGGAUGGAGAGGAGAGAUACAGCCUCCUCCAGGAGCAGGCAGACAGCCUUAAGGCCCUGGUGGAGACCGAGAAAGCUCAGUACGAAGAGAAGGAGAACAUGUACGAGCAAAAUAUCCAAACCUUCAAGGACAUUAUAAUGCAGAAGGACAAUAAGCUGGCAGAACUAAACCAGCAGCACGAGCAGGAACUCUUUAAACUGGCAGCAAAAUCAGAUGCCAGUGCAGAUCUUGAACAACUUCUGAAGGCCUUGAAGCAGAAACUGCAUGAAAAGGAGGAGGUGUUGCUGGGGAAGGCUCAGGUGAUCGAGGUCCUCCAGGGCGAGGUGGAUGGCAGAGACCAGCAGAUUAAGGAGCUGACCGAGCGGAUGCGACGUCUGCAGGGCGAGAGGGACAACCUGCAGUCCAAGCUGGAGGCUGAGAAGCAUGUGAUGCGUGCUCAGCUGAGGGACCUCAUGCAGAAGCAUGAGUCCGAGCUGCGGCGCAUCACAGAGAAACACGAACAGCAGUUGUCCGAGAAGGAGCAGGCUCUCCGCGGGCAGCUUCAGGAGCUCCAGAGGAGCCCAGUGCCACCUGCCCCUGUCACGGCCUCUGAUGCACACGUGAACACAGGCUCAGCACAGAGGCUCUCGGAGCUGGAAGCCCAAGUUAAAGCUAAAGCAGAGGAGGCCAGCAAGUCAGAGGCAAAGUUCUUGAAGAUGAAAGCAUGGUCUAAGAAUCGCAUCCGACAACUGGAAGAUGAACUGAAGAAGGCCCACUCUGGAAGCUCAGCCCCAGACAUUUCAGUCCUCCGUAGCCGUGUUACCGGACUGGAAGAAGAGAGAGAGGAGAUGCUUUGCAAACUGGAUCAGUAUGAUGACCUUAGAGCCAAAAACGAACUGCUGGAGGCCAAGCUGGUUGUGUACGAGGAGCAGCAGAGGAAGAUGCAGGCUGACUUGGAGCAGGUCACCAAGAGGGCUGCCUCUCAGGCCAGUGAGUCUGGCAGUGUGGACGAACUGCAGAGUCACGUCCUGGAGUGGCAGGACAUGGUGUCCAUGGUGACUGAGGCGGAAGCGGUGCGGGACCAGGCCCGCGAGGAGAAGAAUGCCAUGGCCCUCCGGAUGAGCCACAUGGAAGAAGAGAGAGAGGGACUGAUUGAGGAUGACUGGUUCUUUCCUGGCUGCUCCGAUCCAGCGCUGGCCAAUCGGCAGCAGGAGUUGGAGGAGGAGCUGGCCCAGGCACGAGGGCUUCGCCAGCAGAGGGUCAAGAAGCUGGGAGACCCUGCCACCCGCAGCUUACAGGAGGACCUGGACUUUGAUGGUCAGCAGUCGUUCUCUGAUCCCACCAGUCCAUCGGGCAGCACUACUCCUAUGGAGGGAGAGAACAUGGGAGAUGGCUUAAGGUCAGUAGUAGAGGAGUUGGAGGUGGAGAGAAAUCAACUUCAGGAACAAAUCAUUGCACUUGAGGAGCGCUGUCAAGAUCUAGAGGACAGGCUGCAACUACAAGCUCGGAUUGAGUCCUUGCAGAAUGAGUCUGAGAAACUUCAGGCUCAGUUGGCAAACCUCCGUAGUCAACAGACCAGAGAUGCUGAAAAACACCAGCUCCUUGUUACAAGUCUCAAUGAGCAACUGAAAGGAUUGAGUGAUACACAAGAGUGCCUGGAAUCUUCUCUAAUCGAGAAGGAACAUACACUUGCCAAAACCUCAGAGAAACUGGAACUCAUUGACAGUCUCCGAGAUGCCCUUCGAGAGAAGGAGGAGCAGCACAAGGAGGUGUCUGAUAAACUUCUUCAAACUGAGCAUAAUCUGUCUGUGAUAACCAAGAAAUGCAGUGCUUUCGAGAAACAGUGCUCGGAGAUGAAAACAACAGCAACAGAUCUCACACAGAAGCUGAGUUUGCUCAAAGAAAAGACACAGAAGCAAGAAGCUACUAUAGAAUCUCUACAGGGAGACCUGGAUCAAACAAAUGAUGAGCUUGAUAAGCUAAACUCUACACAUUUGGAGGAAAGAGCUCAGCUAAUUCAUGAUCUCCAGAGUUGUGAGAGAGAGAUUGACAACCUCAAAGACACUCUCUUAGACAAGGACAAGGAGAUAUCUGCUCUUUCUGGUAACAUGGCAGAGUAUGCAGAACAAAUCCAAGUACUGAAACUAGAGAUUAAGCAUAAAGAAGAGGACCUUGUCCGAAUUGAAGGUGCUCUGAGCAAAGCUGAACGUGAAGCUCAGGUUAUCCGUGACUCUCAGUCAUCCGAUCAGCAAUCCCUGAAUGCCAAGAUAUCUGAGCUGAUUGAACAGCUGAAGUCCACUGAGAGUGAGUUAGAGAAAACCAAAAAUGAAAAGGAUUUGAAGGUGACAGAGGUAAAUGAUUUGACAAAACAAGUUAAAGAGGACAGGCAAACCAUUCAAGGCCUGAAUGUUGAAAUACAGAAGCUGAUGGCUGACCACCGUAACCAUCUCUCAGACUGUGAGCCCCUGGUUUCAUCCUUGAAGGAGCAGGUCUCAUUUGGCUCUCAGAAGUUACAAGAGUCAGAGAGUCUCCUUUUGAAGCUCAAGGAAGCAACAGCCUCUAAUAGCAAACUGAAAAACGAGCUUCUGGAGAAAGAGCAAACUUAUGAGAAAGAACUGAAGUCUAUUAAAGAUGAGAAGAACAGUCUACUUGCUGAGGCUGGCAAGCACAGUAAUGACCUCCAGUCCCUCUCAAAGCAACUUCAGGAGCAGGUGGAGAGUCAGGAAGACAUCAAAAGGAUAGUGCAAGAAAAAUCAGAAAUCAUAACAUCUCUAGAGCAGCAGCUUAAGAAUACACAGGAGGAAUCGGAGAGUCAGGUAGUGAAACUGAAUGCUGAGCUUAAAUCCAAAGAUCUGGAUAAAGAAAAGCUUGAAAAGGAACUUGCAGCAAAAUCUGAAAGUGUCUCCCAGUUGAGAACAAACUUGAAGACUUUGAAAACAGAAAAACAGAAAUUGCAAAAAAGUCUUGAGGAAAAAUCUGAAGAGUCUGAGGUUCAGAAGCAGCAUCUGGAAGAACUGUCAGAGAAAAUUGAAGUCACUGUGAAAGAGAAUGGUGAAAUACAACUACAAGUGAACAGUCUAAAAGAGGACAAUGCCAAACUCCAGCAGGAGAUUAAAGAGAAAAUGAAAUCCAUCUCUGGGCUUGCUGAAGAGCGAGAUACUUUGAUCAACAAAGUGUCUAGUCUUGAAAUGCAGCAUUCUGAGAAUUGCAAAAUAAUACAUGCACUAACAAAGAAAAAAGAUGAGCUCAAUCUGAAAGCCAGUGAACUGAGUAAGGUACUUGAGCAGAGCAAACAGUCGGUCACUGAAAGCCUGUUGGAGAAGACAAAUGAAUGUAAUGAACUGAAUAGAUUGCUUCAGGAGAGCCAGACAGCAUCUUCACAGUUAGUGGAUCAAGUUCAAAACUUGCAAUCUCAGGUUGACCGCCUUAACAUCACCUCACAGGAGAAGGACAAAGCCAGUGCUGACCAGCAUUUACAAAUGGAGACUCAACAUGCCCAAGUGAUUCAACUGCAGGAGACACUAGCUCUCCUUCAGGAGCAGGGGACUGCCUUGAAAUCAGGGCUAAUGGAGAAGGACACCAUGCUGCAGCAGCAAGCCACAGAGUUGUCUUCACUGCAGACUGAGCUUCAGCAUCAGAAAGACUGUGUGUCAAGACUCCAGAGUGAGUCAGAGAAUCUUGGAGCAGAGUGCUCACUUUUAAAUCAGACCCUUGAAGAAAAAGAGGCAAAGCUCAGCACCAUGACCCAGGAGUGUCAAAGCCAUACAGAGGAACUGAACAAAAGGAACGAGUCCAUGGUUUCUCUAAGCAGUCAGUUGGCUAAUGUUAAUGAAAGCAAUUUAAAGUUGGAGUCUGAUUAUACCACCUUGAAAGGCUCCUUAGAUAUGCAUGUCUCUGAUAACAAUAAGUUGAAAGAAGCAGUGGCCCAGAGACAUGCUGAAGCUGUUGCAUUACAAAGCCACGUUCAGGCCGUGACUGCACAGAAUCAGCAGUUGCGAGCUCUUUAUGACAACAAAGAGAAAGAAUUGAAUGAAUUUCAACAGAUUGCAUCUGAGCUUAAUAAUAAGGUUACCUUGUUAAAUGAGCAAAAUGGUAACCUUGACUCACAGGUCACUAGUCUUUGUGAGCAAAGCAGAAAACUCCAACAAGAAAAUGAUGACAUGUCAAAGCAGAUCUCCAGUGCAAGUGAAGAGAACACUUCUUUACAAAACAAAUUAAGUUGCCUAGAAAUGCAACAUUCAGAAAACCGCAAGAUUAUAGACGGUCUGAUGAAGGACAAAGAGCAGUUGUCCUUACGAACAGAAGAACUAAACACUCUUCUGGAACAGAAUAAACAGUCCUUCUCAGAGAGUCUUUUGGAAAAGACAAAUGAAUGUGAUCACCUGAAAAAGUUACUUGGCGAAAAAGAGGAGACAGUCAACAGUUUACAGAAGCAACUGGAGUUCUCAGACUCUCAGUUAAAGGAUCUCAAAGACACUGUUUCUGAAAAGGAGAAGGUUUGUUCUAAUCAAAUAUCACAGUUGCAGACAUAUGCAAGCCAGGAGGCUCAACUACAGGAGACUCUGACUCUCCUUCAGGAGCAGGGGAUUGCCUUGAAAUCAGGACUGAUGGAAAAGGACAACAUGCUGCAGCAGCAAGCCACACAGUUGUCUUCACUGCAGACUGAGCUUCAGCAACAGAAAGACUGUGUGUCGAGACUCCAGAGUGAGUCAGAGAGUGUUAGAGCAGAGUGCUCACGUUUAAAUCAGAUCCUUGGAGAAAAAGAAGGAACACUCAGCAACAAGACUCGUGAGUGCCAGACCCUAACUGAAGAACUCAACAAGAGGAAAGACACUAUUGUUUCCCUCAGCAGCCAGUUGGGUGACAUGAAUGAAAACUUUGUAAAGCUAGAGACUGAAAAUGCUGAUCUGAAAAGUUCUGUGGAGAAUAACAUAUCUGAAAAUGUCAAGCUAAAGGAGGAGUUGCAGAAGACACAAAAUGAAUUGGUGGACCUUACAGGCAGUAUUCAAGCCCUAAAUGAACAGAACAGUAAACUGAAAGCAGACUUGCAGAAGACCGCGGUUGAGGUAUCAGACAGAAGGGAAGAGAUAAUUAACAUCAAGAACGAACUUUCUGUUGCCAACAAGUUGACAGAAGAAUUGCAGUUAACAUUGCAGCAAAAAGAAGAAUCGCUGAAACAGCAAAGCAUGCUCAUUGAACAAUUGCAAGCCAAAUCUGUUGAGGGUGAAGGUGAGAUAAAUCAGAGAAUGGAGACUAUGGUCAUGCUGCAGAAAGAAGCGCAGAGUUUGCAGGCUGCUGUCCAGAGCAAAGACACCCUCUUAUUUGAGAAGGAAAGAGACCUCACUGUGCUUAAGGAUAGGUUAGCAUUGGAGUUGGAUGAAUCAAAAGGUCAGCAGCAUAAGCUUCAGGAUGAGUUAAACAGGAUUAAAGAAAGUACCAACCAUCUUAAUAUGAGGAUAACAGAACAGGAUGCUCAGCUAAAGCAGAAAGUGGAUGAGUGUAUGACUCUAAAAGAACAUGUUUCAGAGCUUUCAGAUUCAAAUUCACUCUUACAGAGUCAGGUUGAAACUUUGAACUUUAAUUUGAAAGAAAAGGAGGAUAUAAUAGGGGAUGUGAAUAGUUCCUUUUCAGAAUACAGUAACAGCCUAAAAGCCAAAGAAUCAGAAUGUGAAUCCUUAAAAGAACAGGUUUCCAGUCUCAGCGAGUCAGUAGAAAAACUGAAAAAUAGCCUCAGUGCUCAGACUUUGGAAAUGUCUUCUCUUCAGUUGGCCCUUGAGGAGAGCAGGACAUCCAUGGCUGAACAGCGUAAAUGCAUUGAUGACCUGCAGAGAACGGCAGACGAGUCAGCCCUCUUCAAGGCUCAGUUCAUGGAGAGUACAGAGCAGGUGACUGUUUUGCAGAGCCAGAUCAUGGGAGCUGCCCAGGAGACUGAAAGCCUCACUAAGUUAGCUGAGGAGAGACAAAGUGCCUUAGUCAAUCUCCAAGGAAAGUUUGCAUCACAUUCUGAGGAGUUGCAAACACUGAAAAUGUUAUUGUCUCAGAGGAAUGAAGAGAUGUCAAACCUCAAUAUAGCUCUGACAGAAAGCAGGGAAUCUGCUCUCACUGCAAACACAUUAGUCAUCUCGCUCAGGCAUGAGGCUGCAUCUCUUCAGGAUGAGCUACAACAGCUAAGAGCUUCCAGUGCUGACCUUUCAAAGCAAAAGGAUGAGGCCCUUUCAGUGCAUGAAAGAAAUUCUAUGUCAUUAACUGUGGAAAUAGAAAAACUGAAAUCCCAACAUCUUCAUGUGGCUUCACAAGUCAAUGCACUGACAGAGAAUCUUGAACAACGAGAAAUGGCUCUACAUGCAAUAAAUAGUCAGUAUACUGCUCAGGUAAAAUACUCAGAAAAUGUAGUUUCAGAGUUGAAGAAGUUAAGUGAUCUUAACAAAAGCCUUCAAGAGCAAAUGGAACGUACAAAAGAGGAUCUACUGCAAAAGCUUGAUGUAUCCACUAAUGAGAAAGCAGAGUUGGAGAAAGAGGUCAAGAAACUGUCAGUUGAUAAAGAAGAACUUGAAAAAAGCUACCGCAACCAGAUCCAAGUCGUGGAGCAACAGUUGCAACACCAAAUCCAGCAGCAGUCCUCUAACAUGAGCGAUGUCAUGGAGAGCAUGAAGUUGGAAAAGGAGCAUCUCCAGGUCCAGGUUAGUGUCAAAGGUGAAGAAAUCACCAAAUUGAAAUCAGAAAUUCAACGAGUUGAACAAAUUCUCCAGGAGUCAGAAAAAGAAUGGCUGUUUGUUCUUGAUAGAGAGACACAAGAUAAGAAGUCCCUCAAAGAGAAACUAGAGACUCUUGAGAAUGAAAUUAUGUCUAAAGAUAGCAAAGUACAUGGUUUACAGCAGGACCUAGACCAUUUGAAUGAAAAGUUGGCAGAGGCAACAUCUGCUUUAAAUGUUAGUUCUGAAAGGCUGAAAGAAAAAGAAGGUGAUUCAUUGUCAAGUAAGAAUAAACUAGAGGAAAUUUUAAUCACUAUACAAGCAAAAGACAAAGAAAAUUAUGAUUUGAGGAAUGCAUUACAGAACAUAGAAGCAGAGUACAAAAAAUUAGACCAUAGCAAACAAUCUGCUGAGGCAAAUCUGUCUGAAAUUACUCAGACUAUGUCAGAUAAAUUAGUCGCCAUUGAAGAGGGGAAGUUAUCUCUACAAAACAAAAUUAAAGAGUUGCAAAAUAAUCAUCAGUUUGAGGUAACCUCACUGAGAGAGGAGCUACAAAGUCUUUCAGCACAGUUGCAGCAAAAACAGCAGGAUCUGUCAGAAGCAGAGGUUUUCAAAAAUGGAAAUGAAGAAUUUAGUCUGUUGCAGGAGAAGAUGCAGAGUCUUCAGCUGCAACUUCUUACAGAGACAGAAAAUCUGAAAGAGGCAGAUGUUAAACAGACCACAUUAAUGAAUGAAGUUCAACAAAAAAAUGACCAAAUAAAUUCCAUGAAAAUCCAGAUAAGUCAACAAAAGGAACUUAUCACUGGGCUCAGCCAGCAAUUAAAAGAGAAAGAUGCCUCUGUUACACAAGUAGUGACAUCUGCCUCUAAUGAAAGGAUGAAAUUCACUGAAGAAAAGAACAGUCUUCUCUAUCAAAUUGAAAGCCUGGAAAAAACUCAGAAUAUCACAAUCAAGGAGCUUGCAAAUAUGUCAAAUUGUUUAGAAGAAACCAAAACCAACAUGUCUCUUUGUCAAAAUGAAAUUGAGUUUAAGGAUGUAGAGAUAAAGGAAUUGAUUAAACAGAAGGAAGAAUUGAAGACAGACCUUCAAAAAGUAACAAAAGACAAAGAAGCUAUGAAGAAGAAACUCCAAGCAGCUUUAGUUGUCCGAAAGGAGCUACUUAAGAAGAUUGAGAAUUAUGAACAGCAGAAGACAGAAGAGUUGAAGGUACUAGAUUUACAGAAUAAAUUUCAAGAACUAAUGUUACAAACUCAGACUGCAGAAACAGAGCACAAAGGCCUUGUUGAUGAUUUACAACAACAGUUAGAGUCAAAAAAGACAGAGAUCCUAGAAUUUGCUCAAGUAGUAUCAGGGAAAGAUGAAAUUCUAAGGCAACAGGAAGAGCAUAUGGAAAGUUUAAGAGGAAAGUUACUUGAACAGGAGGUCAGUUUAACCACUUCUCUCCAGGCCCUUGAGGAAAAUGGAAAAGCCAUUGACAAUCUCAAAACAAACAUCAGUGAAAAAGAGCAGGAAAACAGUGAAUUGUUGGUCAAAGUUGAACAAUUAAGAAGAGAAAAUAAAGACAAAGAGCAAAGCUUAAGAGAUCAAGAGAGCUCCAAAGUCUCAUCAGUAGAUGCAGAAAGUGAACUUGUUAAGGUGACACAGGAGAAGGCUGUUCUUCAGAGGAAAGCACAUGCUGCACUGUUGGCCCGGAAAGAAACCAUGAAGAAGGCUCAAGAGAGUGAGAAGAAGUACACACAGGAGAUUUCAGAACUAAAAGAUGACUUUAAAGCUCUCCUUGAAAAGCAUUGCCAACAAACAAAUGAACUUAAUGCAGUGCAGUUGAAGUAUGAUGAUAUGGUUAAGGAACUAGAAGAAAUCAGACAUGUUGCAACCUCUCAUCAGAGUCAACUAGAGAAGUUAACUGAGCAGAGAGACAAUGUGCUACAAGAUCUAAGAGUUGCCCUAGCCGAUAAAGACAGCCAAGCUAACGCCUCUGAAAUAUAUGCGGAAGAGAUUAAACAAACUCAACUUAGCUUAGAGAAGGCUAAUGCAGAGAUUGAGAGAAAGGACAUGGCACUGCUGACACUUGAAAAGCAUUCAACAGACCUUACUGGGAAAUUGGAAAAAGUUCAGUCAGACCAUGAAAACUCUAUCCGAGAAUUCAAAGAAACGGCUUACCAGCUUGCAAAGCAGGGACAAGAUAUCAAAAAUCUACAGCACCAGAACCAGCAUGAAAAACAAUUAAUGGUCGAGCAGCAAAGUCAGUUACAUGAGUUGCAGUCUUUGAAUGAAGAAUUAAGACAAAGGCUGAAGGAGUUGGAAGAUGAAAGAGAAAAACAGUCCCAGGAUAUGGAGAACAUUGCUAAAAGACACAUUGAAGAAAAAACUCUUGUUAGGUUAGAGCUUGAAACUGCACUGGCCAAGAAAUCUGAGGAGCUGGAAUCUCUCCAGAGUUCUUCAGUACAGACACAGAUGGAGCUUGAGAGGGUAAAUUUGCAGUGGUUGACAUCUCAGAAGGAAGUAGAGAGUUGUAAACUCCUGAUUGAAAGCCUACAGCAAGAGAAAGAAACAAUUUUUAAAGAUUUGGAAAGCAAUCAGAACCAAGUUGCUAUUUUUGAAUCACAGCUUAAAGAACUGCAAAGACAAAAUGAAGAGCCUUUACAGAAAAUGGUGGCCAUGGAGACAGAAUCAGACACUGAAGUAGUUGAAAAUAGGGAUGAAGAAUCUGUCAAAAGAUCCUCUGAUCCACUUGAUGUGAAUCUAAAUGGUGAGAAUGCUGAUCUGCUUGCCCUCCAAGCCAUUGUCACUGAAAAAGAUGAGCACAUAUCUGCCCUGGAACAACAACUACAGAGGCAAAUCCACCUUCAUGAACUUGCAAUGGACAAGAUGAGGACUGAAGUUAAUGAACUCCAGCAAAGGUCAAGAAGCAGCGAACAGGCAAGUGAAAAAAAAACAAAUGAACAGCUGACAAAGAAAUUACAAGCUGCAUUGAUCUCUCGCAAGGAAUUAUUAAAGGAAAACCACACUCUCAAAGAAAAAAAUCAGACAUUGUCAUCAGAAAAUGAGCAGAUUCGCACAGCAUCUGCUGGCCUUGAACAUGCAUUGGCUGAACUAAGACAGCACAAGACAGAUCUGGAAACCUCUUUAUUCUCCCUUCGUAGUGACAAAGAGCAUCUAACUGCUGAAGAGGAGCGAAUGUCAAGUGAAAACCACAGUCUCUCAGCAGCUUGUGACAGCCUUAAACUUACAAUAGAGAGCAUCACACAACAGAAAGAAGCUUUCUCCUGUCAGUUAGAGUCUCUGAAAGAUUCUCAGACAGAAGAGCUGUCAGAAUGGAAAUCAAAGCACACAGAACUGAAGCAAGAGUAUGAAUCUCUCUUGCAAGCAUAUGAAAAUGUCAGUAGUGAAAUGGAUAAGAUGAGGCAGGUUUUGGAAGGGGCGAGAAGAGAGAGACAUAAAUCUGAAUCAGAAAGACGGAACCUUGAGAAACAAAUGAGUGAGGUAGAGGAAGAAAAUGAGAGAAUAAAAGACAAAAUGAGGAAGUUUGCCAAGGCUAAGCAACAAAGAAUGGAAGAGCUUGAGGAGGAGAACAUCAAAAUCAGACAAGAUCUUGAUCAGUAUGAUGUGAAACAAAAAUCUGUUGUGGAACAACUCACAGUAAAGAACCAGCAUUUAGAAGGAGAGAUUACUCUCCUCAAAGAUUCUUCCGAGGAGCUUAGGUUAAGGUUUAGUGAAAUACAACUUGAAAACCAAAAUCUGGCCAAAGAACUUGAAACUGCAAGCUCUUCAUUGGAAAAGUGGCACGAUGAAUCAAAGAGUAGUGAGAAUAAUUUACAACUUCAGCUCAAUGACGCAUUCAAUUUGAAUAAAUCAUUGACAGCACAGAUUGAGGCACAGAAAUCUGAUAUGGUGGCACAACAAGAAAUUGUUGAGGUAGCACAGAAAGAGAAAGAAAGUCUGUCUGAAAAGUUGCAACAGCUGCAGAUAGAUCAUGAGACUGAAUUGAAAGAAAGAGACAAAACUGUGAGUGAACUAAAAGAAGUUUUAAAUAAGAAUGGACAUGAAACCAUUAGCCUCAAUGAGAAGGUUAGGAUCUUAGAAGAUGACAAAUGUUUAUUGCAAGAAGAGUUGGAAAAUGCCCAAGAGAUAUCAGACAAAGUGAAGAAUGAGAAUGAGUAUCUUGAGACUGUGCUUCUCAAAAAUUCUGAAAGAAUUGAUGAGUUGACUCAAAUAGUGAACGUACUACAGUCACAAAAUUUCCAUCUAACGACUCAACUGACAGAGAAUAAAGAUGAAAAGGCCAAGGUAUGCCAAGAGAAGGAGGAACAGCAUCUUAAACUUGUUAAAGAGUUCGAGGAAAAGCUGAAGACCGUCCAGAGGGGUAGCGAGGGCACAAAAAAUACACAGAAAGAGCUUAAAGAACUCCUGAAAGAAAAACACCAAGAAAUCAAUCAGCUCCAGAGUGACUGUAUCAGAUAUCAAGAGUUGAUUCUGAAUCUUGAGCGGUCUUUGAAGAAUUCACAGUUUAAACAACAGAAAAUGGAGAAAGACUUAAAGGAGAACAGUAAGACUGUAACUGAAAUGAUGGAACAAAGGAAAAAACUUGAGGAUGAACUGUCAAGUCGUCAGAAUUCCAUUGAGGAGAUCAAUAAACAGUUGACAACGUGUAAUUCUGAAAAAGAGCAGUUACAACAUGAACUGGAGCACAAUAAUAAACUUUUGGAAUUGCAGACCAAGGAGAAAGAAGAAGAACUGGAAAAAAUAAUUGAUCAGCAGAAGUCUGUUCAUAAAGACAGGCAAAUUGAAUUUCAGAGAAGAAUUGAUGAGUUGUUGCAUCACAGUGAGAAGGAGUCAGAAGUGUCAAUUUUAUUAAAAAGGCAGGUUGAUCACCAAGAUUUACAAAUAAAAAGACUCACAAGAGAGUUGGAGACCAAUUCUGCAAAGCUUGCCAUCCUCUCAGGUAAGCCAGACAAUGUUGAACCAUUGAAGUACUGGAAUGAUAUUUUCCAGAAAACAUUGCAUGAAAAAGAUGCUCAGCUCCUCGAGCAAGGCAGUGUCAUAGCUAGACUUCUUGAAGACAUCCGGGGCAAAGGAACAGCAAUGAGUGAAAUGCAAAUUACUAUUAAGAGGCUUGAGAGGACAUUGAACGAUUACACAGUAGCAGCGACAGCACAACAGAGACAGCUUAUUGUCAUGAGCGCAAGCAAUACGGAGCUCAGCCAGAAUGUAGAGCUCUUCGAUAGACAGUUACUUGAGCAGAGUGCCCAGAUUGAAACGUUACAAAGUGAGAAAGCAGCACUUAACAGACAGCUGUCUGACAAAAUGGAUUCAUCAUCUCAAAUACAGUCCAAUCUGGAAUAUCUAGAAAAAUCAUUGACAGAUGCAGAGUCGCAGCUUACCUCAGUGCAGUCUCAGCAUAACAAGCUGUUGACCGAUUUCGAGAAGCAGGAGGCCAUGUUGUCUCAUAUGAAGACACUACUUCAAAAUAAGGAUGCAGAGAUCUCUACACUGUUGUCUUCCAGAGAUGGACAGAUGUCAGGUUAUCUGGAACAACUGCAAGCAAAUCAUCGAACUCAGGUGGAAGCUUAUGAAGAGCGAUUAAAUGGCCUUUACAGCGACAGAGAGAAGACCCAACAUGAAUUCAGAAGGCUGGAAAGCAAGGUCAAAACUCUACAGGGAAAAACUGACCAGUCCAUUCAAGAAAAUGAGAAAGUGGCUACACAGAUGGAGACCUUUAAGAACUCUAUGGUGUCCCUUCAAAACGAAAGAGAUCGUUUGAUGUCUGAGCAUCGCAUACUUCAACAAACUGUUGCACUGCACAAAGAGAGUUCUGCCGAUGGAGACUUGGGCCCCUCAAAGGGUUUGAAGGGAGAAAUAAAGACCCUUCUUCACCAGAUGGAUGACCUGAAUUCAGAAAAUGCAAUGCUUAAAGCACAGCUGAUAAGAUACAGGGAAGACUUGAACCAAGUGCUGUCUCUGAAGGACAAUCAACUAAAAGAGCUUCUCAAAAAGCAGCAAGAUUCUAUUAAAAGCCUUGAAACCCAAAAAGUUGCUGUUGAAAAGCAACAUUGUGCUGCUGUUUCACAACUCCAAGUGGAAGGUGAGACAGUGCAGGCCUUAAAAACUCAGAAUUCAAAACUCCAUUCUCAGGUUAAAGAACUUGAAGCUAGUGUAAUAGCCUUGCAUAAAGAGAUAUUAGAAUCUGACAAAGGUAAAGUGAUUGCUGAUUUGCAGCAAGCUGUUGCUGCCAAAGCUGCCGAAUGUUAUGACCUUCAGCAAAAAGUCUUUGCCCAGAAAGUUGCUGCAGAUGACCUUAAAUUGAACAUUGAACAACUUGAAAGUGAAACGCAGAAGAGGCUUAGAGAGGCUGAAAGUAGGUACCACUCUGAAAGACAGGCCAUUGAAAGAGAAAUAGGUCUCAUGAGAAACGAGAGGGAAACUGCAGAGCAGCGAGUGGCAGAGAUAGCUAGGGACCUGAUGCAGACAGAACAGCAGUUGUCUGACUCCAGGAGUCAAAGCAAAGAGUUGAAGUCUCAGAACGAGUCUCUAGGGAAAGCCAUGGUGGCACUGCAGAAUGACCGUGAGCAGCUCAUUGACGACUUCAAAGUUCUCCAAAGUAGGUACGAUGCUGAGCUCAGAGAAACAACAGCUGCUAUGAACAAGAUGGAGUGGCAGCUCCGAGACCUCACAUCUGAGUUGACUGCUCUGACCACACAGAGGAAUGUGUUGGUCGAGAAGCUUCAGGCUUUGGAAGACAAGGACCCCCAGUCCAAACUUACUGGCCUGGUGAAUGACUUGACACAAGCAAUAUCACAGAAAGAGGUGGCGCUUCAGCAAGUCUCGCUGGAGAACAUUACAUACAACAAGCAAGUCACUGCGUUUUCCAGAGCAAUGGCCAGUUUGCAGAAUGAUCGAGACCGCCUAAUGGAAGAGCUAACUGGAACUAAGAAUGCAUUAGAGUCCAAGCUGCAGUCAAGUCCUGAUACAAGUGCAACUUUGAAAGCAGAGAAAUUGGAAAUCCUUAGUAGAAGUGUCAAUGCCCUACAGACUGAGAGAGAUGGACUGCAAAAAGAAGUUGAAAGCCUGAGAUCUGUGAAUGCUGAGCUGGCAGAAUUGAGGCAAAAAUAUGAUGACCAACAGAGGGCGAUCCAACAAGCACAGGCCAACAGGGCACAACUGGACAAGAAUUUCUCCACAUAUCAAGCAGAAUUUGCUGAGCUCAGGGAUGAGAACAGCAGGUUGCUGUCUGAGGUUCAUUCACUAAAGGAUCAAACCCGGAGUGUCCAACCCCUCUAUCCUUCUAAAGAGUCUGUGACGCUGCUGGGCAAGCAUGAGGGUGUGGAGUCGUUGGCGCAGCUGCAGGCUGAGAGGGUCCAGCUACACAGUAACCUCCAGCGCUGCCUUCAUGAGAUCCAACAGAGGGAUCUGCUCCUGCAGCAGCUCAACACUAAGCUGCAGCAGGUCUCAGAGGAGAAGGGAGGCGUCUCUGCUCAGCUGAAGGCCGUGUCUCAGACCCUGAGGGACACCCAGCUCAGCCUGAGUGAGGUGCAGAACCGCUACUACUGGCUGCAGAGCCAAGUUCAAGCCCAACAAGCGCCCGUACAGGGUUCGGUGCAUGUGGAAGUGGCCCCAGGAGCACCGCAGGAGAGGAGCAGUGCCGUGGUGGACAUGGAUGGAGCUGAAACAGGAGAACUAGCGAGCAGAUUGGCUGAGGCAGAGCUUCAACUGGACACUGCCCAGCAAAGUGUGUCCCAGCUCACUGAUAGGCUGGAGGAGGAGAGGGCAAGAAGAGAAGCAGCAGAAGGAGCUCUGGAAUUGGCUGAUACAAGAACUAAGAACAUGGAAGCUCGCCCCUCCGGAUCUCCUCAGAGAGAUUUUAGCAUCCAGCUUGAAACGGACGAAGAAUGGGAAGCCUUGAUUCUGGACCCCAAUCAACAUGUGGUGAUGCGCACGAUGAAGGGUGGAGUGCUGGCCUUCAGGCGCUGGCUCCGGGGCCGGAGUCUAUACUGCUCCAGGCUGCUGACCUCCAGGGCCAAGUCCCGCUACCUAUUCCUCUCCUACCUGCUCAUACUCCAUGUGCUGGUGUUCAUGUGCCUGAGUGGUGCCCUCUAGAGGAGACUAUAGCAGCUACGAGUUGAACCACCUGCACAUGCAUCAUCUUUAAUGAAAAGACCUGCAGAACAAAAUGCAGCAGAACACUUGGAGGGAGAUUGCCCAAGUAGUCAAAGAUUAACCUGAAUGUUCAACUAUUCUUUCACUACGAUAUUGCCGCUGGUCUAAGGCAUGAAUGUUGGGACCAGCCAUGCUAGUCCCAAGGAAAUGGCACUAAUUUUUUUGUUUGUUGGUGUUCUCUUUAUUUAUACAACAGUUUAAAUGUGAUGUCCUUGCAUCAAAGCCCCUUGCUUUUUGGAGAAGGGGUCAAGAUCACCCAUUGCUGCUCAGUCCCCACAAACCACGAGUCCUCACUUGUCCUAAUUUCCCCUUCCAGUACACACACAUGUACACACACACAGUGUCUCACAGGCAGCGAGGCCUCCUCCUUAACCUUGCCUCCUCCCCAGCUGCGAUGAAGCUAUGCACUGAACUCAGCCUAUUUAUAAUUUUCUAGCAAUCCAGCAGGGCUUUUUCCUUACCCCAACCAACACCCAACAUGCUGAAGGGUUACAUUAGAUGAUGCACCUGUGUAACAAUUUAGCGCUCUGUAUGAGGGUAUAUCUGUGUGUAUGUACGUAUGCAUCUGUCCUAUAUUUAAAGAGAGAUGAAUGAAUGGCUGUGAAGUAUGCUAAGUCCUAUAGUGUGCUGGAAUAUGUUUAGUGUAUAAAAAAGGUACAGUUCUGAUUUCUGUUGUAUGUAAUGUAAUGAAAUGCCUCUGUUUACAUGGCAACCCAUCUAAUAAUGCUGUGCCACACAGUAGGCUCAUUCCAAGCUUCUGUGACUCUUAUGUUCCUAAUUAUAUGUAAAUAUGGUGUUAUUAAGGAAAAAAAUCUACUCUACUGUAUGUUAAAAGAAAACUGCUGUGUGCAUCUAAGAUGUCAUUUUCUACACAUGGUCUAUUUUCUAAGAGACGAAUCAUUAGUCAGAUAAUGUUCACUUUGAGAGAAUGUUUCACAGCUUUUUGCCUUUUUCAAAGGCUGGAACGUGUGCAAUAAGUCUGAGGUCUUGUUUUUCUUUUCUUUUUUUUUUUGUUUCUUUUUUUUUUUUGUUUUUUUUUGGUGUGUGGUUAAGUUAGUGGCAAAUUUUAAUAAAAAGCUAAAGUAUCACUGUA